GGGCUGGCUGGGUGGGAAUCCAUCCCAAUGGCUGAGCACAGGUGCCCCAGUGUGGGAACCCGGUGGGUUCCCUUCGACGGGAAGGAAUGGGAUGCUGGGCACAGGAGUUCAGAUGUGAUCAGGAUGGGCCUCAGGUCCAGGCUAGGUAUUUAGAGAACAGAAAUACCAAACCAUCUGCAGUGCUCAGUUCCAUGAGUUUGCAGUUAGUUCAUUAUGUUAUAUUAGUUCCAUUUGAGGUAGGCUGACCCAUUGUAGAAGUUCUCUGUAGACGGUUGCUUUGUGUGUGGAUUAGGCUGCAGACGAAGGUGAGAUUUUGGGAGGAGGCAGAUGACCUAGCUUUAUUGGGGUGAAUAGCACCCUUUGGGGGAAAAGCAUGGAAAGGGUGGGGUGUUUGAUUCCAGGGGACAUGAAAUCCACUGUCUAGGGGAAAACAGGCUGUUUGGAAUGGCUUGACAGAUGACCCAGAGGGACCCUCCUGAAGCUGACCUGACCGGACAGGCCGGAGGAGGAGCUCAGUGUAGUUUACCCUCGAAGUUCAGCAAGAAACUGUGUCUUCAAUGGCUUCUUUGGUGGCUUAUGAUGACUCGGACUCAGAGGCUGAGAGCGAGCCCAUGGGAAAUUUUGAUGCUGCGGGCCAAAUGAAAGACACCUGUGAUGUGGUCAAACCUUGUGGCCAGGAUUUUGCAUCGGGAGUCCUGGACGUGAUGGAAGGGGCCACGAAGCAAGGUUCUUGCGAAUCCCCAGCUGGCGAACAUCUCCCAUUGGCUCGGCUCUGGAGAAGGGACCCAGGAUCUUGCCCCAGCCAGAGGCUACAGUGGCCCAGGACAGAACCUGAAGUCACCUUCCCAACCAGCGAGCCUCCUCAUCCUUCCCUAUGGACCAGCCAUGCUCCCGCUGGCCAUGUGCCCCUGGCAGCUGCCCGUUUUAAGCAGGUGAAGCUCUCCUGGGGAACUUUUGACCUCUCUGAGCCAUCUCUCCGUGCCCAUACCAAGUCUGAAAGCCCAGGUGAAAACGGCAGCUCUCUUCCGAAGAAAAGGCGUGAGGACUGUGUUGUACCCUAUAUCCCGAAAAGACUGAGACAGUUGCAGGCAUUAAGCACAGAGACAGGCAAGAGUCCAGAUGUGGAGGCCCAGGGUCCCUCUGCGGGGCGCACCCCGGGCCCUUUGUGCAUGGCCCCCAGGGUGUCCGAGUUUAUUCAGCCGUAUUUGGACACUCCGUACAAAGAAACCCAGAUAGCCAGGAAGGUGCUCUUUUACCUGCGGGGCCACAGGGGCCCCGUCAACAGCAUUCAGUGGUGUCCAGUCUCUUCAAGGAGCCAUAUGUUCCUCUCAGCUUCUAUGGAUAAAACCUUCAAGGUGUGGAAUGCCGUGGAUUCGGGGAGCUGCCUGCAGACCUACUCCCUGCACAGUGAGGCGGUGCGGGCCGCCCGGUGGUCUCCCUGCGGCCAGCGCAUCCUCAGCGGCGGCUUCGACUGUGCCCUGCACCUCACAGACCUCGAAACAGGAACACAGAUAUUUAGUGGUCAAAGUAACUUCAGAGUCACUACCUUGAAAUUUCAUCCGAAAGACCACAGCCUUUUUGUGUGUGGAGGCUUCGGCUCGGAAAUCAAAGCCUGGGAUGUGAGGUCCAGCAAGGUGGUGAGAAGUUACAAGGCGACCAUCCAGCAGACCCUGGACAUCCUCUUCCUCCAGGAAGGCUCUGAGUUUCUGAGCAGCACAGAUGCUUCGAGCCGGGACUCUGCUGAUCGUACCAUUAUUGCCUGGGACUUCCGGAGCUCUGCCAGGAUCUCCAACCAGAUUUUCCAUGAGAGGUACACCUGCCCCAGCCUCGCCUUGCACCCGCGGGAGCCUGUGUUCCUGGCGCAGACCAAUGGCAACUACCUGGCCCUCUUCUCCGCCGUGUGGCCCUACCGGAUGAGCAGAAGGCGGCGCUAUGAAGGGCACAAGGUGGAAGGCUACUCGGUGGGCUGUGAGUGUUCCCCGGACGGAGACCUGCUGGUGACGGGCAGCGCUGACGGCCGGGCCCUGCUCUACUGCUUCCGCACGGCCAGCCGAGCGCGCACGCUGCACGGGCACACGCAAGCCUGCGUGGGCACCACCUUCCACCCCGUGCUGCCCUCCGUCCUCGCCACCUGCUCCUGGGAGGGCGACAUUAAGAUCUGGCACUGAGCGUCUGCACAGAACCUCCGGCUCCCCUGCCUCGGGGUGGGUGGGACUAAAUACUGAGGUCAGCCCCGGUGCGCGGAGCUGCCUCCACCCUAUGACUGUUCCCUCCUCUGUGAAAUGGGGACAGGGACCUUUGUCUCG